CUUUGAGUUAGCUUAAAGAUUUUCAAUUCCCUAAAUUUUACUUCUUCUGCUUUGGUCUCCCCGAAUUUUCGUGGAAAUAAUAAGCAAGUUAUCGUUGUUUUAAUACUAUUUAAUUUUUUGGGUCUUAAUUACUCCGUAAUAUUAAAAUAACGGAGUAUUAUUUAUUUUUGUGGAGUAAAAAAAAGAAAAAAAAAUUAUAAAUCCUCCGGAAAAUAAUGCUACGGAGUACUCCGUUAUAUGGAGUAGUAUUUCCGCUGUCUAAACCGUCAAAUACUAAUUCUAACCCCGUUUACAUCUUCCUUCCUCUCUCUCUAUCCUAAGGAAAGAAGUAUCCUCCGACAAUCUCUCUUCCCUUUUUUUUUCUUCUCUGUUUUCUUUUUUCCAUUUUUACCUUCUUUUUUUUUUCUUUUUUUUUCCCUAAGAGUUUAGGGAGACAGGCUCCCUUUCUCCCUACCCUAGAUUAAUUUUCUCCCUUUAAAUCAAUAUUAAUCAGUCAAUCAUGGUUGUUGUAGAAUCAGGAUCAAUGCAUUCCAACCUCGAUUGCUUCCUCCAUUGCACUACCCCUGUCGCUCCUUCCCAAUUCCUCCCUAAGUCAGAGAUGAGGAACUUGAAUAGAUUAUGGCAUCCAUGGGAAAGAGAAAAUGUGGAAUAUUUCAGGUUAAGUGAUCUUUGGAACUGUUAUGAUGAAUGGAGUGCUUAUGGUGCGGGUGUUCCCAUUGUUCUUGAUUCGGGUGAAACUCUUGUACAAUACUAUGUUCCUUAUCUCUCCGCAAUACAAAUCUUUACCAGCACUCCUUCUCCUCCUAUUUUCAGGGAGGAUACGGACUCAGCCGAUGGCGAAACGAGAGAUUCGUAUAGCGAGUCGUGUAGUGAUGAAAGUGAAUUGUCGAGAUGGGAUGGAUGUUCAUCCGAAGAAGGUGGAUUUGAACAAGAAAACUUGUGGCAAUUGAAUGAUAGGUUGGGUUACCUCUAUUGUCAAUACUUUGAGAGAUCAACUCCGUAUGGUAGAGUUCCUCUUAUGGACAAGAUUAGUGAAUUAGCUCGGAGAUACCCUGGAUUAAUGUCAUUAAAGAGUGUGGAUCUCUCUCCCGCUAGUUGGAUGGCUGUUGCCUGGUAUCCAAUAUAUCACAUUCCAAUGGGGAAAACCAUAAAGGACUUGUCUACAUGCUUCUUGACUUACCACACCCUUUCAUCCUCGUUUCAAGAUAUGGACCACGACGACGACAUGGUGGCCCCAGAAUGGAUAAGGAAGAGAAAGGAAGGAGAAGGCAUCCCUCUCCCAGCUUUUGGUCUUGCCACUUACAAGAUGCAAGGAAGCGUGUGGGUUUCGGGGAGGGGCGGCCGGGACCAGGAUCGAGUUGUGUCACUUUUGAGUGUUGCUGAUUCUUGGCUUAAACAACUUAGAGUUCAACACCAUGACUUUAACUAUUUCACCGGGAUUAGGCGUGGCUGAAACGUGUUUCAAUCCUUGAUUGAUCUCUUAACACAAAUCCUCUGCUUUAACCCACUGUAAAGGAAACUGACCCAAGAGUUCUCCCAUUUUUCUUGUGGUUUAUCUCUUCUUGUUUUUGGUUUUCCGUUAAAAAAAUGUAUCUAAUUUCGUCUGUCUGUCGAGAACACCUAAAUUAGCAAAAAUAUAAAAGGUCGAAAACCCCCUGAGUGUCCCUGUAAUGCACAGCACAGCCAAGCAUCCAUAUAAGUACUAGACCUUUCGAUCCGGUUUCUUGUUCAUUUUAACUUAGUAGAAUUUGGCAUAGGUGAAUCCGAAAACUUUGCUUAAGCAACGGCUGAUAAGUGAUGAGUUUAGAGCCUGACUACGAGUCGUGGCAAUGGUGGAUAUGGUAGUAGGGACCUUAAGGAGCUGAUAAGAGUAGUAGUUGGUUGAUUUCGUGGCGUCGAUAGUGGAGGCUUAUCUAGAGCUUUAGCCCCCCUCUCCAAUCUUUGAGGUACUCAAUAUGGAUUACUUUAUCCUGAGCAAAAGAAGUUGGUUAUCUUGCUUUUUCAAGUCAUGGGUGGAUUGGUCCAUGGAAUAAUGUGGAUAAAAUGUAGAGAAAAAGGCAGAGCAUGUACUACUUUGUUCAAAUUGUUAGUUUUUCAAGGGGUUGUGGUGUAUAUUCUUCUCUAUUUCAAUGUAAUGAAUCAAUGAAAGAUGCUUGGAAAAACGCUUUGUAAAAAGCUCUUAUUGCAUCACAUAGUCACAUCUAUCUCUAUGUA